CUCGUUGCUGCAAGAUGUGUGUUUCCUCGUUGUCCGGGUGCGCGUCGGGUUUAAAUGAAAAAUGCUUGUUUUUUGUCUGAUAGUAGAUUGUUGCAAACAUUGCCGGGAGUAUUAGUUGACGAGAAGAAGUAGUUUAAAGGAUAAAGUUAUAGUUUUCAGUUCGUUAACAUCGACUUGAGGAAGAAAAAAAGAUCCUCGUUCUACAGCAAGACAGGAAAAACUUCCAAUCCACCAACGGCAGGUGGUUGUUCUGAUCGUACGUCUCGCUCUGGCACGGGGCAAUAGCUAUUGCUCAGUAGGGCCACAGGCAGCAAGGAAGAACAGCAAUCAUCAUCAUUCCUGGCUGAGCUCUGUGCUGCGCGUGUGAAUGUGUAUGUGUGUGCUAACGUAUGCACCGGUGACCCGACCAACAGAGAAAAAAAAUGGUUCCGAUUAGCCUACCUGUGUGCGUUGCAACUCAUCAAUUGAAUCGCGAUUCGCGAUAAUCCUUGAUUCUGAGAUUGCCGCAAUCAAUCGCCAGUGUCUACUUUGGAUACAAGGCUCAAUCAAUCGUAAGUGUGCGGAAACAAAAUAAUUCGAUUAGUGAUGUACCGUUUGUAGAGCAGAGAACCACGCUGUAACGAGCAGUGCCCAAGUGAGCAGGAAAGAGAACCAAAAUGUUUUGAAAUCAAUCGCGCUGUUAUGACAACGGAAUAAUAACAAAUCCAACGAAGGUAGGCAGGCAGGUGCGCGAGAAUGUGUCAACGGCCAAUUUUCGGAGUGCGUUGUGAAUGAAUAAUGGCAUUAGUGUGUUUCAUAAUGGAUCGAUUCAACAAAUAAAAAUAGUUUACUUCGAUUACUAGCAGAAAAUAAAACAUACAAGCUAAGUAGGCUUUUCGAAUAGCUACUGAGAAAAUAAUAUAUACGUGAAUAGGACCACCACACGGGAAAAUUCAACGCCAUCAGUCAUGAAGGUUACGGUUUGCUUCGGAUCCACACGGUUCGUAGUGCCGUGCCCACCCGGAACGACGGUACGGAAGUUGGAACAGGAGGCAAUUAUUCGAUAUAAAAGAAAGAAUCCCGACUCGUGGGUUGCAGUGCACCAUUUGCAGUCACAGUCCGGCAUACUGGAUCCGGAUGAUCAUGUAAGUGAUGUGGCCGAUGACCGGGAGGAGAUUAUCGCCAGCUACGAAGAUUGCCCGGGUGGACCGGAUCCGGGAGUUCCCCAGGGUGGUGGAGAUGGUGCUAGUGGCAGUUCGGUUGGAACCGGCAGUCCAGAUAUAUUUCGUUCCGAACCGGGAAAGUACGGACCGGAAAGUUCGACCCCUCACAUUGAGGUUACCUCGAAUGAACAACCCCCGGGCGGUCUUGGUUUGCAAGUCCGACGUGGCAGUGAACCGUCGCUGCAUCAACUCGGUGUGACCGAUCAACGAAGUCCGCUGUAUAAUGUUAGCCCGAAUGGCCAUCAGGACACGAAACGGUGGUCGGCUGCACCGGUCUGCCGUAUUGACACAGAUCCACCGGAAAGAUUGCUGUCACCUUCCAACGGGGUUCCCUACAUGGCCCCCGAGUGGAACGUACUGCCAGAGGAAGAAUCUCACGACAGUCUGCCGCAGCAGUUUUCCCGAUCGGGCCGACUUUCGAUGCAGUUCCUUGGGGCCGAAGCUGCCAAUGGCUACCGUUGGAUUGAUGCGGCCGAACGUGCGGCAGCCAAUGUCACCCCGUACAACGGUACCAGUGCGAACAGUAGCUUCAACUCGAAAUCUCUACCGCGGGAAUCCAAGCGGAAGGAACCGCUGGGGCAGGCGAAUGCCUCCUUCUACGAAUCGAUCCGUGAGAAAGAUGGCGAAAUGCUUCUGGUGGUGAACGAAAACGGUGGUCCCCUGGGUCUAACGGCAAUUCCAGACCCGGACAAUGGAGGACUGCUGGUGCAGAGCGUGGAACCGGGUGGCCGAGCCGAUAAGGGCCGGGUACGACGCGGUGACCGGAUUCUAGAAAUCAACAACAUCAAACUGAUUGGUCUCUCGGAGAGUUCCGUGCAGGAACAUCUCAAGAAGAGUCUUUCAUCACCGGAGCUGCGGUUAAGGGUAAUCCGGGCGGCGGUAGGAGCCAAACACAAGCGUGACAACCGAGUCUCGCAGAUGAUCGAAGCGGAGGAAAAACCGACAACGACGGGUGCCAAAGUGGCAACGGUUUCUCCCACCAGGAAGAUUCCGGGCGCUCCGUCCGGAAUCAGCUUACAGACGGCGAACACACGAAAACCAGGAAAACGAAUCGAGAUUUCGCUUAAGAAGGGAAUCAACGGGUUGGGAUUUUCGGUUACCACCCGGGACAAUCAGGCGGGCCGGCAGUGUCCGAUUUAUAUUAAAAAUAUACUGUCGAAAGGUGCCGCCGUCGAGGACGGCAGACUGAAGCCCGGGGAUAGACUGCUAGAGGUGGACGGUGUUCCGAUGACGGGCAAAUCUCAGAGCGAGGUGGUGUCGAUCCUUCGGGCCACGGAGUAUGGAGCGACCGUUGUGAUUGUUGUUUCACGACAGCAGGAAAUUGCUGAGGUAGAGGAGAGAGAGAUUGGUUGCGGAGUGGAAAGCGAACAGAAGAACACACCACCAAAACCACCGCCUCCGGUGCUACCCAAAUCGACGCUCAAACAGGGCACGCGUGCCAAGUCGGAAGAACUGCUGGACACACACGAUUCCGGUGGUCCCCACACUCGAUCGGCCAGUAGUUCAAAGCUCAACCCAACCAGUCAGACUAACGGUGUUAGUCCAUCGUCCGGAAUGCCCCCGGUGCAGAAGAAACCCCUGGCGUCGAUACUGAAAUCCGUGUCCACCAAUCAAAUGUCCGAACUGUUCCACGAACAUUCUCAACAACAACAGCAGCAGUCAGCUGCGAAUGCCCCGGCCGGAUUCCAGUGGAAAAAUCGUGAAAUUCUAACGUUGCACAUUCCGGUGCACGAUACGGAAAAGGCUGGGCUGGGGGUUAGUGUGAAGGGGAAAACCGGCUCCGGAAAUAGCAGCAGCGGUAGCAAUGGAAGUGGUAAACACGACGGUGAUUUGGGUAUUUUCGUGAAAAGUGUCCUCCAUGGUGGUGCUGCCAGUCGGGAUGGACGACUGAAAAUGAACGAUCAAUUGCUCAGCGUGAACGGAGUGUCGCUACUCGGUCAAUCCAAUGCGGAAGCGAUGGACACGCUGAGACGAGCGAUCCAAACGGGUGGAAGUAACCAUCCGGGUAAAAUUAUCCUUACCGUGGCUCGUCGAAUAGGUCGCCCGGUCAGUACGGGUGAGCUGCUGGAAACAAUCGAUAAUUCCAACUCCAGUGAUCAAUCCGGAGCGACUGUUAUUUACCUUAGUCCGGAUAAGCAACAACAACAACCGUCCGGUGAAAAACAGCAGCCACAAAAACGCUACAGUAACCCGGUGCUCGAUCGGUUAACCGGUGGUGGUAUUGGCGGCGGUGGCAACAGCAGUAGUAGCCUCAACAAUCCCUCAAGUGCCAGCGGUAGUCCGAGUAACCAAAGACCCUCGCCACUGUCGAGUCACGGGCUGCGCAACGAAAGCUACUACAUGGCCACCAACGACAAUUGGAGUCCGGCAGCGAAUCUCAACGGUAGCCACGCAGUGUUGAUCGAAGAGGACCCGGAACCAACGUCUCCAACCUUCCACUUGGCACGGCCCUCGGAUGAGACCAAUUCUACGUCCACUCCGAACGGGGACGUCACGUAUGCCAGUCAACUUUCGCUCGAUACUAACCCACCGGCGGCGGAUGCCUUCAGUAGGGAUGCCAUCGGAAGGCGCUCGAUGUCCGAGAAACAUCAUGCCGCACUGGACGCACGGGAAACUGGAACCUACCAGCGAAACAAGAAACUUCGCGAGGAACGGGAACGGGAUAAAAAAAUUGGCAACGGUGGUGUCGGAUCGGGAUCGGUUGAAUCCGUUACCCAGAUGGGUCGAAUGAAUAGUUUAAAGGCAAAAUCGGAUCUACGGGCCGAAGCUUUGGAUCGGUUGGGAGAGUUGGGCCCUUCGCUUGGAAUGAAAAAAUCUUCCAGCUUGGAAUCACUGCAAACGAUGGUGCAGGAGAUUCAGAUGGCUGACGAACCACGGGGACCGACGGCACUGCGAACACCCCGUGGCCGUGGGCGAGAGGAAAUUUUGAGGGCUGCCGUGGAAAGGCCACCGGAAACGCAAGCUAAAAAACAUUGGCUACUGGAAGAUGCAGCUCCGGACGUUGAUUCGGGUGGUUUCGUCUCACGGGGAAGUCCAUUCCAGUCAUCGCUGAACGACGGGAAAAACAAAAUCCGUCACAAGAAGAAUGGUUUAUUCCGAGGUAUCGGUCAUAUGUUUAGAUUCGGUAAACAUCGUAAGGAUGGAAUAGCCCCCAUCAGUGAUAAUGUUCCGGCGGAUUAUACGGCCAGCUGGGGUGACGCACCGACGAGUAACGGUAUCAGUGCCCAGCAGAAAUCUCAAACGUUAACCGUCAAAAACACCAGUUCGAAACCUGUGCAUUCAAAUGGCCCAGCGUCCAUCGCAGGUCUACCGAAUGGAAUUGGUUCGGCUGCUGGCGGUGGCGGUGGUGGUGGUGCCAACAAUCAACCCACAAAAUCGACUAAUUCGAUCGAACGAUCGGCCAGCUCCGGUGUGGUAGUAAGUCAACCGCCCCUGUAUCAACCGCCGCCACCACCUCCGCACCAGAACGGCAGUAUGCCAACGUCGAUUCACCAUACGGACGUGUUCAAUCACCGUUAUUCGCACUACGUCAACUACGAGGAACUGCAGCAGCAGAUAAGUCGGCGUCAUCAUCAUUAUCAUUCCCAAAGAUCGACCCGGAAUACACCGCCGGUGGAGCUGGCCAUUCAUCAGCAUCAGACGCAGCUCGCCCAGCAGAAACUCAAACAAUCCCGUCCAGUGUCCAGCUAUUACGACAGUAGUAGCGGUGGUGGAGGCUACGAAACGAUUCACCAUAACGGAGGUGGUUCCCAGAGAAAAUCCAGUCAUCCAUCGUCUCCAUCGAAGCGCGAACAACAACAACAACAACAGCAGCAGCAGCAUAAUGGUGCUUGGAACGGAGGAACGGUGUCAUCCAGUAGUGGCAGCACUGGGCCCGGUUAUCAAAAUCACGGUUCCAUACGAAGUCGUGGUCCGUUCGUGACCCAAGUGCAAAUUCAGAACCCGAUGCCCUAUCAGCAGUAGUGAAUCGCGAACGAACGAAUCCACCACCAUCUGUUCUUGUCUCGAGUAUAAUUUUCACGAUUAAAAAAGUGAUGUUUUAUAUCAUUUUUUUAGUUACCAUUAAUCUUAGAAACUAUUUUUUUUUUCGUUUUCUCGUCGGUUAUCUGAUAUUUUUUUUGUUUACGACCAAUCAAACUAUUUUUAACGGAAAUACUUAACUCAAUAUUAAGAAAUCAAACCUUUUUAUGUCUCUAUUUUGUAGACUUAUAAACGAAUAUCUUCCUCGAUACUUACAGAUGAUUAGUAUGACUAAGAUAAACAAGUUGUAAAUUAUUGUACUGUACUACAUAAAAACGAUAAAGAUGUAUAUAUUUAUUAAACGUUUAUAUAAAGAAAAAAGAGUCGAGCAGUAGGGAGCAGUAUUUGCUGAAAAAAAAUCUCUUUGUAUAUAUAGAAUAAUCGAAACGAUUGGCCUUCCUUAUGAUUAAACGAACGAAAUUUCAUUGCCUUAAACAAAAGAAGGAGUGCGUGAGUUUAUAACGGAACACGCCGGGAAGUACUUACAUUCGCUACUUACUAAAACAAAAAACGGAGAAUAUAUUCUAUGAAACAGAAAUAUAAUAUCUAAAACACGGAACGAGACGGGAAUAUAUAGUUUACGGAUCGUUGGUCUCAAAAUAAGAAACACACACACGCAAAAUGUGAAACCUAA